CGUCUUGGCAGCUGGCCGCGUUUGCGCACAAAUCAGUUUUAGUUUUUCAGUCCAACGUGCGAGUUCGCAGCGAGUAACGUGCAACAAAAGUUAGCCGCAUACAGUUAUAGUUCGAACACAGGCAGUAACAAAGAGCCUACAGCUAUAAAAUGCUGCCACCGCGAUUGCUGCGAAUUGCUUUUGUGAUAUGUCUGCUGAUUGUUUUGCUCUCAACUGCCACAGACAGUGCGCAGACCAAGACGCGUCGACGCCUGCGCCGUCCCACAACAGUGGCCAGCAGCUCAACGCGCAGCACUUUGGUGGAGACCUCCAAGAAGUCAACCGAAUCCACGCCCGUCGCUGAGAAGCGCAUCGACCAGCUCUCCGAAUCGACGACCAGCGUUAGACGCACCCGCUUGCGUUCCAAGGCUAAGCUAGGUGCUGCCGCUGCAGCAGCAGCAGCAGCAGCUGGGGGCACAGCACUUGUUGCCAGUGGCUCAUCGCUCAAGGGCAAGAAGACCAAGGUUGAUGAUGGCACGCCAAAGAUUGUUUGCUACUACACCAAUUGGUCGCAAUAUCGCGUCAAGAUUGGCAAAUUCGUGCCAGAGGAUAUACCCGCCGAUCUGUGCACACACAUUAUCUUUGCCUUUGGCUGGCUGAAGAAGGGCAAGCUGAGCUCCUACGAGUCCAACGAUGAGACCAAGGAUGGCGUUCCCGGACUGUACGACCGCAUGAUGGCUUUGCGCAAGGCCAAUCCCAAGCUGAAGAUACUGCUCGCUAUUGGUGGCUGGUCCUUCGGCACACAGAAGUUCAAGGACAUGUCUGCCACGCGCUAUACUCGCCAGACUUUUGUCUACUCGGCCAUACCUUUCCUUCGCAAGCGUGGUUUUGAUGGUCUGGACAUGGAUUGGGAGUACCCCAAGGGUUCGGAUGACAAGAAGAACUUUGUGCUGUUGCUCAAGGAGUUGCGUGAGGCCUUCGAGGCCGAGGCCCAGGAGGCAAAACAGCCACGUCUGCUUCUCUCCGCCGCUGUGCCCGUGGGUCCUGACAAUGUGCGUGGUGGCUAUGAUGUGCCCGCCAUUGCCAGCUAUCUGGACUUUAUCAAUUUGAUGGCCUAUGAUUUCCAUGGCAAAUGGGAGCGCGAAACUGGACACAAUGCUCCAUUGUAUGCGCCCUCAUCGGACUCUGAAUGGCGCAAGCAGCUUUCGGUGGACAACGCCGCACAAUUGUGGGUGAAAAUGGGUGCGCCCAAGGAGAAACUGGUCAUUGGCAUGCCCACCUAUGGACGCAGCUUCACGCUAGCUAAUACGGACAAGCAUGGUCCCAAUGCACCCGCCACUGGCGGUGGCCGUGAGGGCGUCUACACCAAGGAAAGCGGUUUCCUGGCCUACUAUGAAAUCUGCGAAAUGCUGCUCAAUGGCGCUGUCUAUGUUUGGGAUGAGGAAAUGAAGGUGCCCUACUUGGUGGAUGGUGAUCAGUGGGUGGGCUUCGAUGAUGAGCGCGCUAUUCGCAACAAAAUGCAGUGGAUCAAGUCGAAUGGAUUUGGUGGUGCUAUGGUUUGGACUAUCGACAUGGACGACUUCAAGGGCGAGGUGUGCGGCAACAAUGUCAAGUAUCCGCUUAUUGGCGCCAUGCGUGAAGAGCUGCUGGGCAUCUCACGUGGCAAGGAAGCCAAGGAUGUCAACUGGACGGCAAUCGCAGCUACCUUUGAGGACAUCGAAGAGAAACCCGAACCCAUUAAAAUAUCUGUGGAUGAGAUUAUUAGCAAGGUACGCAAGCCACAGGUGCAGAAGAAGCAGCGCAUCAAGGGCGGUGCUCACGCCGUCGAGCAGAACACACGUCCUGCUCAGGUCUUCUGUUAUCUGACCAGCUGGUCUGCCAAGCGUCCUGGCGCCGGCAAAUUCGAGCCUGACAACAUCGAUCCCAAGCUCUGCACACACGUCGUCUACGCCUUUGCCACGCUGCAGGACUACAAGCUGACUGAAGCCACUGAUGAUGAUCCGGAGAACUACGAGAGUGUUAUUGCCUUGCGCGAGGCGAAUCCUGAUCUGCAAAUACUGCUGGCCAUUGGCGGCUGGGCCUUUGGCUCCACACCUUUCAAGGAGCUCACCUCAAACGUUUUCCGCAUGAAUCAGUUUGUCUAUGAGGCCAUCGAUUUCCUGCGUGACUACAAGUUCAAUGGCUUGGAUGUGGACUGGGAGUAUCCCCGUGGUGCUGAGGAUCGCAUUGCCUAUGUGAAUCUGUUGCGUGAGCUGCGUGUGGCUUUCGAGGGCGAGGCCAAGUCCUCUGGAUUGCCUAGAUUGCUUCUGACUGCUGCCGUGCCUGCUUCUUUUGAAGCUAUAGCUGCUGGUUAUGAUGUGCCCGAGAUCUCCAAGUAUCUGGACUUUAUCAAUGUGAUGACCUAUGAUUUCCAUGGACAAUGGGAGCGCACCGUGGGCCACAACUCCCCGCUGUUCGCCUUAGAGGCAGCUACUGGCUACCAGAAGAAGCUCACUGUGGACUUCAGUGCUCGCGAGUGGGUGAAGCAGGGCGCACCUAAGGAGAAGCUGCUCAUUGGCAUGCCCACAUAUGGACGCAGCUUUGAGCUGGUGAACGACACGCAGUUUGAUAUAGGCUCACCCUCUUCAGGCGGCGGCAAGGCUGGCAAGUUUACCAAUGAAGCUGGUUUCCUUAGCUACUAUGAGGUGUGCACGUUCCUGGCCGCAGACAACACCACGCUGGUGUGGGAUUCGGAGCAGCAGGUGCCGUUCGCCUACAAGGGCAACCAGUGGGUGGGCUUCGAUGAUGAACGUUCACUCAAGACAAAAACUGAGUGGUUGAAGGAGCAAGGCUUUGGUGGCAUUAUGGUUUGGUCCAUUGAUAUGGACGACUUCUCUGGGCGCUGCGGCAAUGGCAAGUACCCACUGCUGACUGCUCUGAAUGAGGAGCUUAAGGACUACAAGGUAACCUUGGAUUACGACGGACCCUAUGAGUCGCACGGACCACGAGGCGCCUAUACAACAAAGGAUCCUCAUGAGGUCACCUGCGCUGAGGAGGAUGGCCACAUUAGCUAUCACAAGGACUGGGCCGACUGCACACACUACUACAUGUGCGAGGGAGAGCGCAAGCAUCAUAUGCCAUGUCCUGCCAACUUGGUCUUUAACACGCAGGAGAAUGUCUGCGAUUGGCCCGAGAAUGUUGAGGGCUGCCACGCCCCCACGGAAGCGCCCUAAGCGUGGUUUUGAAUUCUCAGAAGCUUUGAAGAGGCAUUGUCGUCCUUUUCAAGUUGUUAAUAUUCUAUGAAUGAUGCCUUAGUUUUUAAUUGUAAUGCAAAAACUGCCACGAAUUACUUUUGCUGCCUACCCCCAACACAUACUAAUCCGAAAAUACUCAAACGAUUUGCUAAAGUUUGGCUGAAAUUUUUGUACUAAACGUAAGUUUAAUUAGUCGUAAGUAGUUUUUAUGUUUUAGCUAAAAGAAAAACAAAAACAAACUAAUGCACACUUACAAACAUCUUUCGAUCUGACCGACCAACAACAUUCCGCAUUUUAAAACACAAGCUCAAUUCUCAUUUGAGUUUUAAAACGAAAUGAAGUGUAUAAAAGCGAGUUAACUUUUGUAUAUUUAACUGUGAUAAUCACAUAAGAAAAGGAAAACAACAAGCAAAAUUACUUGUGCAAAAUCGGAAAUAGUUUGUCAACAACAACAAAAUUAAAAUAUGCAAAUAAAAACAAACUUUAUUCUAUUGCCCCCCGCUCACUAACGAAAGUUGUAAAUUUUCAAGUUUUAAUAUAAAAUU